ACAGUUAUACUGGUUAAUGGUGCCGAAUGCUCGCCUCCUCUUGGUAAGAAACAGUAAUACAUGGAUAGCGCUCCCGGCGACGCGCCGCUCCUGUCACCGCUGUGCCGCCGACACUCGCUGUCAUAACAACGAACGACCUCUUCUAAAUUAACUUCGUUAGCGUAUUGUUAUAGCUCGACCCGCUCUCGACACAAAUAACACCUGCCGCGACCCCUUUCAAACCACACAAUAACUGUUCUGUGUUAUCGUGCAUAUACUCACUGUGAUACUUACACUGGACUUAUACUGUUUCCGGAAAUUUAAAAAAUUAAAAGCGCUGAAUAAAAACAUAAUAGCUCAUUAACCCGAAACAAUGUAAACUCAGAGGCGGCUUCAUGACAGACGAAUCACGAUCGUGCGACUACGUCAGCCCAACUGGAAUAGAUUCGCAUGUACCGUGCGUGAAAUUAAAGGAUAAACAAAUGAAGUCCGGAGCGGCGGGAAUAAUGAAGCAGUCCGCCUCAGGAGGUGUCAAGCAGCAGACACGAGCGUGACCCGCGCGACGCGACUCGGCCGCGCAGCGGGCCAACUGGGCCAUUCGAUAAGCGUGCCCCAUUUACCUGGAUUCAGCGCGGGCGGCCAGCAGUGCGGCGGUGCAUCGGUGCUGGGCGGGCGUCCAACAUGUCGAGCAAGUCGUUCACCACGGGGAGCAUGCGGUCGACCGGGGGGUCUGUGCGGCUCGGCGCGGGCGCGGGCGCCGGCCACGAGCUCGUGCUCGACGCGCUCUACGAACGCAAGCGCGACAAGAAGAGCAUGCGUGUGCUCACCGUCAUCAUCUACGUGUUCUGCGUCUCGCUCGCCGCCAUCAUGCUCUCCCUCUACUACGUGUUCUUCUGGGAGCCCAGCAAGGACGCGCAGUACGCGCAGCGCAAGGAAGAGGCGGUGGCGCAGUAGACGAAACCUUGAACUCGACAGCAGUAACUCCAACAGCUGACAUCGCGACCGAGACAACGCUAGACCCUAGUUCCUCAGUAUCAAGCUCGGAGCCGCUCCUAUCCACUGAGUCCUUUAG